CUUCCUCCCUUCUCCUGUUCACGCGAGGGACAGCCGCCGCCGCCCCUUCCCCUUCCAAACUCGCGCUCGCCGGCCAUCCUCCCCGUCCGCCGCCGCCGCCGCCACCGACCAGCCGCACCCGCGCUACCAUCCCCUCCCCGUUCCUCUCCGAGAAGCAGCCCAAGGGCAGCCGCCUGCCGCUCGGCACGAACGCGGAUGCGGUGGCCGAAGGGGAAGCGGCGCUGCUUUGGCGCCGCUAAGCGCCACCACCCCCCGUCCCUUCGUCCCCCGCCGCCCCUCUGCCUCGUCCCUUCCCGCCACACACUCUCCCUUCCCCUGCGCCGUUGCGCUGCUGCUCCACUGGGUACGAGUUCCAUGGCGGUCCGGGAUCCAUGGCCUCCGACUUGGCGUCGUAGCCGUCAGCCUCGGCGUUGAGACAGUGCCAAGGAAUUUCACGCGGGGAAGUGGCUCACCGAUGCGCGUCUCGUGGCCCCGCUGGAUCCGGUGCUCAACACCUCCAUCUCGUGCGUCACGAAGUCGCCGCCGGGGACGCUGCGCUAGUCAGUCGGAGGCCGAGCUAGCCACGUCCUCUAAGUUACCCUCCGGCAUCAUCAAGCCAAGGGAUGCGGGAGGCAUCAGUCCAUUCCUGCGGUCGACCUCAUUCUUGAUUGGAUUAGUAAACAAAGAGGGAGGAGGGGUCGGGGAUGGAGGGAUGGAGAAGCUCUCAUCGGCAGCGGCUUUCGUGGAGGGCGGUGUGUACGCCUGCGACCACACCUGCAGCAUCUGCCUCAAGGCCUUCUGCGACAGUGACUCCUCCACAGUUACAGGCUGCAAGCAUGAUUUGCAUCUCCAGUGCAUCCUUGAGUGGUGCCAGAGAAGCUCCCAGUGUCCCAUGUGUUGGCAGGCAAUCAACACGAAGGACCCUAUGAGUGCUUUGGAGAAGAUGGACAUGAGGCCCCAGCCUGCACUGGCAUAGCUAGGCAGGGGAGUAUCCUUCCACUUGACAUUUCCUUCUUAGUUUUGUAUGUUUAAUUUUUAGAGCCGUGGUUACUAUGAAAACCGAGAUGUGGAUAUUGCAGUAUUGAUCUUAGUUCAAUUCAUUCUAUUACGUAGCCUCACUUUGUUAUCCAUGAUUUCCCUCAUUUGAUUGAUUUGACACAUGUUCAUUCACUAGAUUAUAGUCUACUUCAUUUUUUGUGUAUUGAGUUCUAGGUUGUUUUGAUUUAAGUGGUACUUGAUUUCUUGGCAUUGUUCAUUGUCUUGAGCCAUGUCUGAAACUGAAGGAAAGAAGGCCCUGACCACUCUCAUCAUUUACUCAAGUAAUAACACCAUCGGCGACAGGAACGACAAGCUGACGCAGAUCGUUUCUUGGUGGCUGCUAAUGAAUCAUGUAAUGAUGGCGCAGAACUCACUAGAGGAAAAAGACCGAACUGUGGAGUUUCCCCAUUGUUAGAGCUCUUGGUGCCCGGACAAGACCUCUAUCUCGAUUAUCCCUUCGCAGCUCGGCUCCACCGACCAGAUGGCGAUGGCUGACGAAGAGCUCGAUGUCCAUGGCUCGUCAGGUUCCGCUGGCUCCACUAACAGCCGUCUACGGGCGCUUGCACAGGAUACCAAGUGAGUGUUUAGGAUCCCACACAGGGCAUUUCUUGACAUGCUCCUAGCACACCUUGGGCUAAUCACCGGCUCAGUAUGAUCGUGUUGUACAUGAGGACGGCAAGAUCUGUGUGACCAUCUUUUUCAACACCUCUACAUUGGAUCUUGGAGGACCAAUCAGUAUGAACGCGUCGUGUCAUCAUUCCUCCUGGUCUACAUUAUGCCCAAGACAUGCAAAGUUGUGGAUCGUCUGUAAGCUACCAUUUGCUUUCGUACGUCCUAUGUCUGUGAUAUUUGCUACUAAACCUAUUGUGCUAUGUGCUUUCUAUGUUCGUACAUUGUUAGGUGGCUCCUUAUUGUGUUCAUACAAACAAACCUUACUUCUGAAUGAUUCUUCAUUAGUUUUUUUAUUUUUAUCAUGGUUGACAGAAUAAUGAGUGAAAAAAUUAUUUUGCUUAAA